AUGCCUAACGUGAAGCCGACAGGACACAGUAGCUGCACAUCUGGCACAGUUCGUCUACCUCCAGAACAAGCCAUCACCAAUGCGCUCAACGAGGUCCACGCGAGACGCGUCUUGCACGCCGUCGGCCCGUGCACACGCAUCUUCGACCUCCGAGCGGAGGUCAUUCUCGCCAAGGUCAAGUCCUCGGAUGAGGACGGUGUCCAACUAACUGUCGGAUUCUUUGGCGACAUCUACGUCCCCCUUGUUUACCUGCCGGACCCCUGCGCCUUCGACCCAGAAGAGCGAGCACAUUUCCGGCUUCCAGGAUCGGAAGCAACUUGCUUGUCCCACGAGCUCCUCGAGUUGCCCCUGACGGACCGGAUAUGCAUCAACGCCGGCGAUGUCCUCCGGAUGCGCGUCGAGGCAGACGGGUUCCAUGACGAUGAGCUUGGUCCGCCGAAUACGCGUGAGGGCGUUCAACGGGCUCGUGAGAUGCGCCGUUCCCCGUAUACCAUCACCUGCCCGACAUCGAAACAACGGACGAUGGUCGACAUGUAA